GCUGGCCGAAGGCUGUCUGCCCGUCCAUUAUGGUUUCAGCAAAAUUGGAGUCUAUUCUUGUAAAUGGUUCGAGCUGCUGAACAGGAGAAACUAGAAAGGCCGAAGAAUGGCCACCGACAUUUUCUCCCCCUCGUGUUUGAAUGUUUGACGACGUAGAAGGAAGUGGACAUCGAUCCUCAAGGUCAGGUGCCGACCAUGUCUCUCCUUAACCUCCGCCUUAUAAUCAAGAGAUGUGCACCUGUCUUCUGCUUCCGCGAUGUCCAAUCGCCCGUCACCACAUUCUUCUUCCCCUCUCUCUGUUUCACAAGGUUGGACCAAGAAUCCCACUACCCAAGUCCUGUCCUCUCUUCAUGGGCCGUCGCCACCACUCCUCCAUCACCUAUAAUUCCCAUUUAAAUAAGUGUUCCUCUCUAAGAGAGCUCAAAAUGAUUCAUGCCCAAAUAGUCACCAGCGGUCUCUCCUCGAACCUGUCGUUGGCAACGAAGCUAAUCAGUGUUUCGAACUCAGUGGCCGUUAGAAUGGACUACGCACGUCAAGUGUUCGAUGCAAUGCCUGAGAAAGAUGUCUUUAUAUGGAACACUGUCAUCAGAGGUUAUGCUGAUUCCGGGCCAUGCAAAGAAGCACUUGUUCUUUACUGUCAGAUGCACAGGGAUGGUCGGCAUCCAGACCAUUUCACUUUUCCGUUCGUGGUUCGUUCAUGUGGUGUGCUAUCGGCUCUUUUUUUGGGGAAGCAGGCCCACUGCAAUGCCAUUAAGAAUUGCUUCGAUUAUGAUAUCUUUGUCCAGACAUCGUUAGUGGCAAUGUAUUGUCAGUGUGGGGAUGUCGACAAUGCUAAGUUGAUUUUCAAUGAGAUGGAGUUGAAAAACACAGCCUCCUGGACGGCUAUGAUUGCUGGUUACGUGCAAAAUGCAUAUUUUAGCGACGCCUUGGUACUCUUCCAUCAGAUGUUGGAAUCAGAAGUAAGGCCGAAUUCGAUCACGUUGGUGAGCAUUCUUCCUGCUUGUGCAAAUACGGAUCAACUCUACCAAGGAAUGCUGAUUCAUGCUUAUGCAUUUAAGCUAGGUUUGGAUGCAGAUAUUUCAUUUAUCAACACUUUGAUCUCUAUGUAUUCAAAGUGUAAGAAUGUUGAUAUUUCCAGGUCCUUGUUUGAUAGGAUGGAGUUUAGAAAUUUAGUUUCCUGGAAUUCCAUGAUCGCCGCUUACGAGAAUAAUGAUCAGCCCAGGAAAGCUCUCAAGCUUUUCAGGCGAAUGAAGACAGAGGGGGUUAACUUUGAUUACAUAACAAUGGUUAGUGUAAUUUCUGCCUGUGCUAAGUUGGGGGCUCUAAAUACAGGAAGACGAGUGCAUGAGCUGGUAGAAAUGAAGGGGCUCAGUUCCAACCCCUCCAUUACCCAUGCACUUCUGGACAUGUAUGCGAAGUGUGGCAGUGUAGAAUUGGCACGUAAAGUAUUCGACAGCUUAAAUGAGAAAACUGUGGUAUCUUGGAGCUCUAUGAUUGGGGCAUAUGCGGCACAUGGGCAUGGUUUGGAGGCUAUGUUGCUUUUCACUGACAUGCAUGGACAAGGAGUGAGACCAAAUGGAAUUACUUUCACAGCUAUUUUGACUGCGUGCAGUCAUGCAGGUCUUGUGGAAGAAGGUAAGAAGCAUUUUGAUGGCAUGACAAGGUAUUUUAACCUUGUACCUGGUGUUGAGCACUACACUUGUAUGGUGGACCUUCUUGGUCGUGCUGGACGGCUAGUUGAAGCAUAUGACUUCAUUCAGAAAAUGCCAAUCCAGCCCGAUGCUGAUGUUUGGGCAGCCCUUCUUGGUGCCUGUAGAAUUCAUCGCAAUCUGGAGAUCGCAGAGCUUGUGGCAGAAAAAAUCUCUUUGGAUCAUCAGACUAUUAACUAUUAUGUACUUUUGUCAAAUAUCUAUGCUGAAGCUGGUAGGUGGGAUGAUGUAGCUCGGUUAAGAAUGUUGAUAGAAAAGCGACAGCUGAGAAAGAUUCCUGGUCGAAGUUCAUUGGAGAUAAUAAAAGAUUCUAUGCAUUCCUCUCAGGUUAAAGGUUAUGCCUGUCAUGGAAGUAUAUAAGUGAAGUUGCAUCGUGAACUGUUUGGCUGGUUCCAUAUUGCAGAUUAUCUGCUUGAUACGCUUAAAUUGGGAGUCACAUAAUCUUCAGCCUCAGGGAAAGAUAAGCUAAAAAUAACAUGGUAUUUGAUGUAUUUAUGUCCAUUCCUCGUGAAACUGCUUUCAUCCACGCUCUUAUCAUCAGCGGUAAAUAUGAAGAGCAACUGCAGUGACAAGGAAUAGAUAGGAAUAGAAACUGAAUGAGAGAGAAGUCUUCUGCAUUUUUUGACAUGCUCAAAACCAUCAAAUUUCCACCAGUAUAUGGUCAUAUGCAUUGAAGAAAAAUUCUCCUACCAAGCUUACGAGUGCUUGUAAAAUUGCUUAUUGCCAGCAUGGAGGAAGUGGGAAUUGGAAAAUAUUGGCCAGUGUGAAGUCAUUAUUCCUUGGAUUUAUGAAGGCAAUUUUGUUUGAAACAGAAACCGAGUGAAAGCAGAAAGGUUAAGAAGGAACAUAUUGUAAAGACUCUGAUUCAGGGAUUGAAGCAAACAACAUGAGCUGUGUGAAUUUAAAGCUUCUUGCUGUGGCAUAUCUGAAGUACUUCUAAUGCAUGGAAGUGGAUAAGUCAGUGAAAAACUUGCAGUUUGAGCCUUCCUCUCUCUGUGUACUAUAUUUGUUUUGAUGGUAAUUGUUCAUAUGGUCAUAUGAAGGCACUAUUGAUUGGUUUACACGCUGGCCAAAAGGAGAACAGUAAAGAAGGAAGAUUUUGCAAAAGUUUGUCCAAAGAUUCUAUUCGAAGGUUGAAACAGACAAGAAGGCAGUACAGAUUCGAGCUUUUUGCCAAGGUGUUCUUGCGUACCUAGAGUAUUACAAACGGAUGGAAGUGGGGAGUUUCACAAAACAUGGAAUUUGAACCUUCCUCUUGCCAUGUAUUAUAUUUGUUUUGCAAGUUAUUGCUUAUGUGAAACUUUUAUUUUAAACCUCGCUAAACAAAAUUUUGGAUGCUGAAAUUCUUGAAAUAGAAGCACAAACAGUUGUAAUCCUUGUCGUCAGCAGGAAGUGCUUUAAUUAGCAUUCAUGGUUGAAAUACCGUUUAUUUU